AUGCUGCCGGCGCUGCUGUGGCUGCUGCUGGCCGCCCGUGCCGGCCGCGCCGCGCCGCCGCCGCCCGCACCUGCCGAGCCCGGCGCGCCGCCCGCCCGGCCCCCCGCCCCCGGGCCGCCCCGCGGGGCCGUGCGGCGCCUCGACCCGACCUACGCGGGGGGCGGCAGGGCGGGCUACGUGCUCUACGCCGGGGGACAGCGCUUCCUGCUCGACCUGGAGCGCGACGGGCCGCGCUGCCACUACCGCGGCACGGUGGACGGCAGCCCGCGUUCGCUCGCCGUCUUCAACCUCUGCGGCGGCCUCGACGGCUUCUUCGCCGUGGGCCGCUCCCGCUACACCGUGCGCCCGGCGCGCCGCGGCCCGCGGGGAGAGGCCGGAGCGCGGAUCUAUGGCGAGGGCCCGGCCCGCACCCCUCACGUCUUCCGCAGGGAGAGCUUCAGCUUCGAGACGGUGCCGGCCCGCACCAGCUGCGAGACCCGAGACCCCGCCGGGCCGGCGGGCGGGGACGGGCGGCGGCGGCGGCGGCGGCGCUCCGUGUCCCGGGCCCGGCAGGUGGAGCUGCUGCUGGUGGCCGACGCCUCCAUGGUGCGCAAGUACGGGAAGGGGCUGCAGCACUACCUGCUCACCCUGGCCUCCAUCGCCUCCCGGCUCUACGCGCACGCCAGCCUGGAGAACCACGUGCGGCUGGCCGUGGUGAAGGUGGUGGCGCUGGGCGACAAGGAGAAGGGGCUGGAGGUCAACAGGAACGCCGCCACCACGCUCAAGAACUUCUGCAAGUGGCAGCACCAGCACAACCGCCUCGACGACGACCACGAGGAGCACUACGAUGCCGCCAUCCUCUUCACCCGCGAGGAUUUGUGUGGGCAUCAUUCCUGUGAUACCCUGGGAAUGGCAGACGUUGGGACCAUCUGCUCCCCCGAGCGCAGCUGCGCGGUGAUUGAAGACGACGGCCUCCACGCAGCAUUUACGGUGGCUCACGAAAUUGGGCACUUGCUUGGGCUUUCCCAUGAUGACUCCAAGUUCUGUGAGGAGAACUUUGGCUCCAUGGAAGACAAGCGCCUGAUGUCCUCCAUUCUGACCAGCAUUGAUGCUUCAAAACCCUGGUCCAAGUGCACUUCAGCAACUAUCACAGAAUUCUUUGAUGAUGGCCAUGGGAACUGCCUGCUGGACCAGCCCAGGAAGCACAUCGUGGGCCCUGAGGAGCUGCCGGGGCAGACGUACGACGCCAUCCGGCAGUGCAAGCUGGCGUUCGGCGCCGAGUACACCGUGUGCCCCGGCAUGGACGUGUGCUCCCGCCUCUGGUGCGCCGUGGUGCGCCAGGGACAGAUGGUGUGCCUCACCAAGAAGCUGCCCGCCGUCGAGGGCACCCCCUGCGGCAAGGGAAGGAUCUGCCUCCAGGGGAAAUGCGUGGACAAAACCAAGAAGAAAUACUACUCAGCUUCAAGCCAUGGCAACUGGGGGUCCUGGGGACCCUGGGGACAGUGCUCCCGUACCUGUGGGGGGGGAGUUCAGUUUGCCUAUCGUCACUGCAACAACCCAGCCCCCAGGAACAACGGGAGGUACUGCACGGGCAAGAGGGCCAUCUACCGCUCCUGCAACGUCACGCCCUGCCCCGCCAACGCUAAAUCCUUCCGACAAGAGCAGUGUGAAGCAAGAAAUGGCUAUCAGUCUGAUGCAAAGGGUGUCAAGACUUUUGUGGAAUGGGUCCCCAAGUAUGCUGGAGUACUGCCUGGAGACGUCUGCAAGCUCACCUGCCGAGCCAAAGGAACCGGCUAUUACGUGGUAUUUUCUCAGAAGGUCACUGAUGGCACGGAGUGUCGACCCUACAGCAACUCAGUUUGUGUCCGAGGGAAGUGCAUCCGAACGGGCUGUGACGGGAUCAUCGGAUCCAAGCUCCAGUAUGACAAGUGUGGGGUGUGUGGAGGAGACAAUUCCAGCUGCACUAAAGUCAUGGGAACCUUCACCAAAAAGAGCAAGGGCUACACGGACGUGGUGAAGAUCCCGGAAGGGGCAACGCACAUCAAAGUGCGGCAGUUCAAGAGCAAGGACCAGAGCAGGUUCACGGCCUACCUGGCCCUGAAGAAGAAGAGCGGGGAGUACCUGGUCAAUGGGAAGUACAUGAUCUCCACCUCGGAAACCAUCAUCGACAUCAACGGCACCGUCAUGAACUACAGCGGCUGGAGCCACAAGGAUGAUUUCCUGCACGCCAUGGGCCACUCGGCCACCAAGGAGAUCCUGAUCGUGCAGAUCCUGGCCACCGACCCCACGCAGCCCGUGGACGUGCGCUACAGCUUCUUCGUGCCAAAGAAACAGGGGCAGCUGGCAAACUCUGUCCCCAGCAGCGGUGGCGGCAGCAAAGUGACUGCGCCGGCCACGCAGCCCCGCUGGGUGACGGGGCCCUGGCUCUCCUGCUCGCGAACGUGCGACACGGGCUGGCACACCAGGACUGUCCAGUGCAAGGAUGGGCACGGGAAACUGGCCAAGGGAUGCCUGCUCUCCCAGAGACCCUCAGCAUUCAAACAGUGCUUGCUGAAAAAGUGCUAACCUGUGGUGGUGACCUUCUUUCUAAGAGGUUUGAGUAAGCCAUUGUUGACAUACUGGUGUCAGGUCUGCCCAGACAGAGAGAAGCAAAGGCUUCAAUGUACUUGCGUUCAGUCUCUAAUUAUGGGCAGAAUCUGCCUAUUUGGACCAAAUGAAGAUGUGCACUGCUUUAAAUAAUAGUAGGGUGGUCUUAAUAUGUCAAAGAAAGUAAGCAUUAAAGUUGUUAUAAGCCCUCUGUGUCUGCAAAAAUGUAAAAUAAAAUAAUGCAAAAGAAGAAAAACUAGUGAAUGGAGGAUCCUGGGAUAUUUGAAGGUUACAGAAUCAUCUCCCCUUUUUCACCUACCUCUACUACAGUAUGUCCUUAGGAAACGUCACACAUCCCCAUGAUCCCACAGUAGCUUAUUUUAUACUGUUUUGUAAAUAUCUUUCAUUUGGUAUAUCACUUGAUAUCACUUCCUUCUAUUAAAGAAAUCAAAAGACAAACUACAUAAGCAAAAUGAUUGACCAAAGUAUAUCUGCAGCCCUUGUGGACUUGGUCCAUCCUUCAGAAAGGGCCACAGAUGUUUUACUGGAAAAUGAAGAGCUUGCUGCUGGUUUUAAAAAGUGAUACCUUUUGGUUUUGACAAAAGGAAAUAGGUUUUUGUGGUAGGAAUUUCCUGACAGCAUAUCAAUUAUCUCUGACAAAUCCUAUGUUUCCACCCAGAAAUUCUCAGGAGGAGCCUUGCAGCAGCUUGCAGAGCAGGGAACCCCACAUUGCUCCAACAGCAGGAGCAUCAGCAGCUCCUCCUCAUGUGUGUGUCAGGCAUGCACCAAAGGAGGAGUUGGCUGCCAGGAGGAGUUUGUGUACACUGUGCUUGUAAACCUCCCCCGUUCCAGCUGUGUCCCAGCCUGGGGUCCUUGUUGUCACUGAACAAUAGCUGCUCGAGCUGCUCCUCUCCAUGAAACAAAGGCAUACUGUAUUUUGUAGAAAACUAGUUAAGAGAACCAAAAAUUACAGGUGAGGUAUUCAAGUGUCUUCUGACUCAGAUGUUCUGAGGCUGUGUUCAGCUGCUUUCUCUGUUAUUUUCUCUAUGGCUUCCACCUUGAACUUAACAAUGUGUAAUGUACCUACAUCUUUUCAAGAGGCUAUAAAGGUCAAAAAAACACAGCAAACAGUUAAUAUUUUAUCACUGUUUUGUCCAUCAUGUCUAACUCUGGUAUUCAUCUUACCAGCAAAAGUUUAUAACUAUUUGUCUUUUUUUUUUUUUUUUUUUUUUUUUUUUUUUUUUUUUUUUGUGUGUGUUUUGGGGUUUUUUUAAAGCUAUAGAAGGCAUUCACGUUUUGUAUAUCUACCACAUUGGGGAGGAAGAGGGGUCACUAGGAAGUCAAACCACAUCAGGAUGUGGAGGACUUGUCCAAUAUCAAUAAAACUGUUUCCACAGCACAGGCAGUAGCUGGUAACAGUUUUCCUUGGCAGCAGUUCCUGAAUCCCGUUAUUGUCUUGUGGAAGUUCUGUGACUGAGGAUGGGCAUUUCACCUUGUGCAGGUGGAGGCCCAGGAGCAACCCUGUUAAAAUCACUCUCUUCAAUAUCAGCAGGCUUUGAAUUAGGCCCUAAGAUAACAGGUACCAAAAGAAAUGGUAAAAAACCACUGAUCAAAGCAGAACCCCAUUUUUUACUCCUUUGUUCAUCCACACAGGAGAGUAGGAGACUGCAGGAGGAUUUUCAGACAAGCCUCAGCUGUAAGUCAGUGGUACUUGAGCACUGAAACACCUCAGGCUCUUCUGAAAAUCCCAGGCAUGAAAUCAGCAGGGAAAACUUGUUGGAGUGUGGAGCAAGAAGGGCAGGUCUGACUCCAGGCUGACACAAACAUGUUUUUGCAACUGUUGCAUGUUUGUGUGAACUCUCAAAAAUCAUGUGAUGAUUUCAAAACAGCAUAGAGUUGCUACAUCUACAACUGUGAAAUCUGGAGAAGGAUCUGGUUUUUACCCUGUUUUAAAUAAACAGUACCAAGGGCAGGGCCUCCUCCUCUGUUAAAUGGAUUGCCAACAAAUGUUAUUAAUCAGCAUUCAAAAAUGGUGUGGCCUUCUGUUCAGGAGUAGUCUGUGUGCAAAACUGUGGAUCUUGAGGAAUACUCCCCAUCUAAUCUUGAUCCCAACCUAAGAACUGAGAUCAAGGCUCAGAAUAUUUGCAUGGUGCUGGAAAGUAAACAUUUAUGCCUCCUCUGCCUAUUAAAAUAAGAUCACUUUGAAAUGCCUUAUUUUUCCUUUCAAGUAAUCUAAUUUUGAUGCUUAUAUAUGUAUUACACAUGUCCUAGAACCUCUCCAAAAAUCCAUAACAAAUAGAAACCAUCAUGAGAGGAAAAAUCAGGAGAUUUAAUGUGUCUCAGCAUAGACUUAACAUUUGUCUCAGCAUACAGCUGCUGCAUUAAGUGGUAUUUGUGUUCUGUCAUAAUAGAGACAGAAUGUGCAAGUAUUUGUGUGUGCAUCAUGGUAAUAAUUUAUUAUAUAUUCAGCAGGCUGAGUAAAGCUUCUGGAUGCUAUCUAGGCGUGCCAUAUGCGGGUAUAAAUUCAAAGCUUCCUUAGAUUAGGAGUAUCUUUUAAAAAGGAAAGAGUUUACUUAGAAAUAAAUACAAGAACAAACCACUGCAGUGACUUUUGUCACCAGUGUAGCAAUGAAGCGAAUUCACACAAGCAAAGAUGUGAGGGGGCAAAGGGGACAGACCAAGGCAGGACCCUAAAAGUGUAAGAUAAAGGGUAAGUUAACACUUGCUGUUUCAGGUGUUCCUAAAUCACACUCCAGUUCCAAAUCUUGCCUGUGCCAGUUGUAGCUGUCCCAUGCACCUAAUGAAUGAAGAAUUGGUGCAAGGUCUGUUCUCAGCUGAAUUCUGUGUCACUCACACUGUGACAUCAUUGUUUACAUUUCUACCCAGUGUUGUACAGCUGGAUUCAGGAAAUGCACCGAGGGAUGGAAACCUGGAGUUCUGCUUUUGGCACGGCCAGGAACAAUCUCAGUGUUAAAUUCACGCUGACUUUGGGACACACUUCCAUCCAGUGCCCUUAGGUGAGUUUGGACCCCUGAGCAUCAGUGGGUUUAACAGCAUCUGCUUUUCAAGUAGGAUAUUCUCGUUAGGAAAAAGCCUGGCAUCUUUGGUUUGACUUUGUACAAGAAAUUAAGUUUAGCUGCCCUCCUGUGGAAACAGUUUUAUCACAAGGGGAAGAGGGAAUAAUCUUGUGGAUUAAUAACAACUGUUAAAAAAAAAAAAAAAAAAAAAAAGCAACACAGCACUGAAAAAAAUAAAAUAAUUUAUUGUUUUUACAACUGGUAUGUGAACGGAUGUAAUGAAUUUAUUUAUUCUUAUUUAACAAAAUACCAAUUGUGCAAAUUCUAUAUUUAAAAUGUUUUGCUAUCGUCUCUGGCUCUCUUUCUGGCUCUCUUUUAAUUUAUGCUUCGGAUUUGUGUUGGAAGUACACCUUGUGAGUUUACAUAAUAUAUGGCACUGGUCAUUUUUUGUAUGAUUUUAUUUAGAGGACUUUGCAUGGAACAGGAGUAUAUGUGUACACACAUGUAUAGAUGUAUAUUCUUUUUCUGCUGCCAUCUUUUCCUUAGAGAAGUUGUAGAUUUUUAAUUCCAUGACGCCUCGUGCUCCAAGCUCCUUGUUAACAUUUCAAAAAGCUCUCAACAAGUAAGUCCCAAAGGUCUGUGGACCAAAACAAGCCCCGUAAUGGCUCCUAAAGAAGUCAGAAGACAGACUUGUGUCUCAAAGGCACAUGCAAUUCAUGCUAGAGGCCUCAGUGAUUGACCCCCGAGGCUGACCCUACCCCCUUGCUUUAGUUGUAGCAGAUUUUCAGUAGCUGGGAGUCCUCUCGAUGGGAAUGAAGUUAUUCUGAGUUGCCAGGACUCUUCUCUCAUGCAGCUUCUUACAUUUAAGUGACAACACUAAAGAGAAAGCUCCUGGGUGUCUCUUUAUAAAAUAGCUUGAACAGCAUAUGAUUUGGUUUAUGAGGACUGAACCAUUAAAAAGCUGGUUUUUCCGUGUUUUUGCUGUUUAUAUGCAUAUAUAAAUAUGUAUAUAUGGCUAUAAAAAGUCAAAAGCCCAACUUGGAAGCCUUUGCAAUGUUUUACUUCAUUGUAUUUCAGCUCUUUGUACCACAUCAGGCAAAGUUAGAUGAAAAAAGCCAGCAAAGCAUGUUUCCAUGAGAAUAAUACCUGUUUGUUUCCACUUUUCAUCCAGUUCAACUCCUGCAGACCUCAAGGGAACUAGAAUUGGGUGCAGUGUGAGGGGAGAAAUGCGACGUGGCCAAACCUUCGGCUUUCCUGCAGUCAGUUCAUUUACCUGUAGCCCCUGCUCUGCAAGGGCGGUGCUACAGACUGCACAUGAACAAUUCCAAACUGCUGGAAGUCACCUCGCUCCCCAGUGCCCACGUUCACCUGAGUUAAAUUCCAGCUCAGCCUCUCUUCUGCCACCCAGGCGCUGUCCAAGGCCGGAGUCAGCCACGAGGCUUGAGAGGAAUUAGGGAUGGCUAGUGGGGGAUGCUUCCUCACUCAAGGCCCAAUCCAAAACCCCAGGGAAUACAAGCCUGGGCUUUGAUGAUCUUAAGGGCAGGCUUUGAACAGGGUUUAAUGGAUCAUUAAUUGUGGACUUUCAGCAGUAUGUUCAGGUGAACGUUUCUCCUCAUGCCAUGCUGUUGUCACUGAGGAAGAUGGAGCCUAUGGCAAGAGGCAAAAUUAGAUUCUCUGGGCAUAGACUGCAGUUGUCAGGACAAAAAAUUGUUGCUUGGUUUGGAGGGGUUUGUUCCUUUUAUUCAUGAAGUGAUUCAUUUUUAUAGAGCUGCCAGAGUGCAUUCAUACUUGCCAUGUGCAGCAUUUUCAAGGGGUUUUUUCCUAUGGGUGCCCUGAUACUAACUGGUAUAGUAAAGCUAGUUCAAUUCUUGUUUCAAGUAACAUUGCAAAUGCAGAUAUUUCUGGUUUAUCACACCCACCAGCAAUGACUCUUAAUGUAAGAGAGAUUAUUAGAUCCUCAGCUGCCACCCCAAAAAGUGCUUUGGGACUUAGAAGGUUUAACCACAAGCACAAAUUUUCAGUGAUAAAAUUUGAAAAGCCCCAAACACAGGUGAGUGGUGUAAGAGCUUCUCCCCACACCUCACCAAACAUCCCAACACCAUCCCACUGCUGUGCACUCUGUGAGUCACAGGACAAAACUCACAGCAUCUUUUGCCCUGGAAGUUGUCAGUGGAGGCUCAGAGUCAGUGUAAGGACAGUAAAAUCCUCUCCACAAACAUCAGCCUGGCAUAGCCCGUGUUCAGACACCCGUGGCUAAGUGCAGGUGCGUAUUUCAUGUGUGUGCUUGGGUAUGUGAGUACUUGGGUCUCCAUUCCUCCCACUCACAGGGAAAAAAAAGUUACACUGGGUUUAGUUAUGCCUAUGUAAGUUUAGAGUUACUUCGUGGCAUCACUUGGCUUUGCAGGAGGAGCUUCAGACUUACACCACUGUAAGUGACAGCAUAGUUCUUUAUUUAUAGUAACUGGUUUACACAAUUUAUCAUGUGAACUGUGAAAUCUGCAAAUAGUUUAUCUUAUGAAACAUUGUGACAGGCAUACAGGCAUUGUUCAAAUCCCAUCAGAUACAGGAAAUAAUGUGCUGAAUUAAGUAAGUUGGAGAUAGGGUAUAAUUCUGCAGAGCAAUAAAUGUAACUUCUAUUGCCAGGUCAUCUGCUUAGCAUCAGAUAAGAGAAAACGAAUGAGGUAUUGCAGAGAAGACAAGGGGAAAGCACAAAGUUAGCGGUUGCUUAGUUUACUUUGUGUGCCUCUUUAUGCACUGUUGGUGUCAGCAUAUUGUGGGAAGUCACUUUGUCACCUGGCUGAAAUACCAGAACCUUUUGAGAAACCAAGAUGUGUCACAAAAAUUUAUUUUUCAUCCUAGUGUGUGUCUAAUCAGAGGGAGUAUUUUUAGAGCACUACUGUGUCAGCCAGUUUACAUCAUAAAAACAUGUUAAGCAAAAUAUAAAUUCAUUUGAACUGAACUGUGCAAGGUCUACACUGUACUAUGAUACAUGGAAGGCCAAUAAUUUGUUUUGUAAACUAUUACAUAUGUAUAAUUUACCAGUUGUAAUCCUAAAACACUUGACUCUGUGAUUUCAGUAAAAGUAAUAAAUACAAACUGUAUCAUAGGUCCAAAA